CCAUAAUCUGAACCCACGUUACUCGUGCCGGAAAAGAAGAAAAGAACUCAUAUCAGUAGUCCUCACUUGCAGAAGUUUGGGGGGGAAUUCGCGGCGAUGGAGAGAGGGAAAAAGGCGGCGGCGAUGGGGAAGAAAGGUUUCUCAUCAUCCCCAGCAAUGCCACCCAUGUCUCUAGACCAGUUCGUCUCCACCAUGGCCCCUCUGAUUGAUAUGGAAAAGGAAGCCGAAAUAUCAGCCUCCGUAAGCUCCGGCGCGACCAGGAACUUGGAGACUGCUCAAAAGCGCGGCUCUGCAAUUUUCAAUCUGAAAUGCGUCGAUGCCCAGACUGGGCUGAUGGGGAAAUCGCUGCUCGAGUUCCAAUCGACCAAAGGAGAUGUUCUUCCUGCUCAUAAGUUUGGCAUCCAUGAUGUUGUUAUUCUGAAGCCAAACAAGGCUGAUUCGGGGUCUGCUGGUCUCGGGCAAGGCGUGGUGUACCGAUUGAAGGACACCUCUAUCACUGUUGCUUUUGAUGAUAUGCCCGAGGAUGGCUUGAAUAGUUCGCUCCGACUCGAGAAAGUUGCUAAUGAGAUAACUUAUCGUAGGAUGAAGGACGCAUUGAUACAAUUGAGUAAAGGUGUGCACAAGGGCCCUGCUUCAGAUUUAGUCCCAGUUCUUUUUGGUGAGAGACAGCCUACUGUGGCAAAGAAGGAUGUUACAUUCACUGCAUUUAACUCCAACCUCGAUCACUCACAGAAAGAUGCAGUUUCACGAGCUCUAUCAUCGAAAAAUGUGUUUUUAUUGCACGGGCCUCCUGGAACGGGGAAAACUACCACUGUCGUGGAGAUAAUUUUACAAGAAGUGAAACGUGGAUCAAAGAUUCUUGCAUGUGCUGCUUCCAACAUUGCUGUUGAUAACAUUGUUGAGCGACUUGUUCCUCACAGGGUAAAGUUGGUGAGAUUGGGACAUCCAGCACGUUUACUACCUCAAGUACUAGAUAGUGCCCUUGAUGCACAGGUAUUACGUGGAGACAACAGCAGUUUGGCUAAUGACAUCCGGAAGGAAAUGAAGGCAUUAAAUGGGAAGCUAUUGAAGACCAAAGACAAAAACACUAGAAGAGAGAUCCAAAAGGAGCUCAGAACCCUCACUAAAGAAGAGCGUAAAAGGCAGCAGCUGGCUGUUAUGGAUGUCAUCAAGACUGCUGAUGUGGUGUUAACUACUCUGACUGGUGCUGCUACUCGCAAGCUGGACUCUACAUCAUUUGAUUUGGUCAUUAUUGAUGAAGCUGCCCAGGCACUUGAGAUUGCUUGCUGGAUGCCUUUGUUGAAGGGUUCAAGAUGCAUACUUGCUGGUGACCACCUUCAGCUACCUCCGACCAUCCAAAGUGUUGAAGCUGAGAAGAAAGGCUUAGGAAGAACCCUAUUUGAGCGUCUAGCAGAUCUCUAUGGCGAUGAAGUUACAUCUAUGCUUACUGUGCAGUAUCGCAUGCAUGAGCUCAUUAUGAACUGGUCCUCUAAGGAGCUAUAUGACAGCAAGAUCGACGCCCAUCCAAGUGUUGCAGCACAUGCAUUAUAUGAUCUUGAGGGUGCAAACAAGUCAACUUCAACAGAAGCCACACUUCUUCUUGUGGACAUUGCAGGGUAUAUAUAACAACUCCCCGCCCCAACAAAUUAUCAUGAAUUGCAUCGCUAAUUUUGUAGUUCUUUCUUCUCAGUUGUGACAUGGAAGAAAAGAAAGACGAAGAAGAUAGCACACUGAAUGAAGGUGAAGCUAAAGUUGCUAUUGCUCAUGCCAAGAGACUAGUAAGCAGUGGAGUUCAGGCCUCUGAUAUUGGAAUCAUUACACCGUAUGCCGCACAGGUAGUUCUGUUAAAAAUACUCAGAGGCAAUGAAGACAAGCUGAAGGAAGUGGAGAUUUCAACUGUUGACGGUUUUCAAGGCAGGGAGAAGGAAGCUAUCAUUAUAUCCAUGGUUCGAUCGAACUCCAAGAGCGAGGUUGGGUUUCUCAGUGAUCGUAGACGGAUGAAUGUAGCAGUGACGCGGGCAAGAAGGCAAUGCUGCCUUGUUUGUGAUACUGAAACAGUCAGUAGCGAUGGGUUUCUGAAGCGAUUGGUUGAGUAUUUCGAGGAGCACGGUGAGUAUCUAAGUGCCUCUGAGUACAUCGAUGAAUAAGCACAAGAUCCCUGAGAAGAACCAGCCACCUUUUCCUUGGCUGUAUACUUUAGUUACAAAUUUACAAAAGGGUUCUUGAAACCCAUCACCAGUGGUAGUAAGCUCUAUUUGAUUAACUUGGGUCUUUCUUUUUCCUUUUUGGAGGAUGAUCUAUGGAGCAGGUUGGUUCAGCUAAACAAAAUUCACAAAUAUGAAGUUUCAUUAACAGAUCAGUAUCGCCUUUGUCCGAUUACAUACCCAUGAGGAUCGUACUCACACACGACGUAGGUAUUACGAUUGGCACACUUGACCCUAGCACAUCUCACUCGCCUAGUACUACACACCAACUGCAUAUAGUGCAAGCAGUCUUGAUUCGGCAUACAAGUAUAACGCUCGUAGUCAUAGUACACUUCAUGAUCAGCCCAGUCUGUGACGGCAUCUGUCCCCUUCCAUCGCUUCCCUCGACCCCAAAUGAUGUUCUCACCAUAGUCGCCCGUCGAAUAAAUCAGAUGGCAGCCCUUCCUCCUCUGGUUGGCAUACCAUUUAGCAUUGUCAGCCACCUUGGUGGUCCACGCCAGUCGCAGGAGGCAGUUCCUUGCCCUCAUUGUGCCAUGAGCUGCGAGCAUCUAGGUCGAAAAGACCGUACGCAUUUCUCACCUAGGGAUCAUUGGUUCAGAUGACGAAGGAGAAGCAGAGAUGGAGAAGAUGAGGAAGGUAUCUAAGAUGGUGAGGACAGGAGGUUGAGGUGUUGUGAUGCAGGACAAAACUGACAAAUUAUUGAUCUCUUAUGGUUACAACGCCACUUGCCUGGCUCGUCCACCAUACUUAUACUUAACAAGAUCUUCUAACUAAACUACGAAUUAUGAAGGAAGGAAGAAAGGAAUUACGGAACAAGCGGGUUACAUCAACUUUCAAUUGGCAGAACAGAAUCUACCACCAUCAACAUCAAGUUUGUCAAUUACCUAACCCACCAAUCCUUCAUCCUCCCAAAAAAUGCCCCAAUCAUUUGACAAGGUUCCAAUGCGAGAAAGCCAGAAUGUACUUUGCUCAUUUGUAGAUGAGAGCAUCUCGUCCUGGGCCAAUACCAAUGUAAUGAAUUGGUAUUCCGACGAGUUCUUCUAUCCUUUCGACAUAUCUCUGAGCAGCCUUAGGAAGUUCUGAGUAGCUUCUAGCAGAAGAAAUAUCGGUCUUCCAUCCUGGUAGGACCUCAUACUCGACCUGAGCUGUUCAAGCAAGCGAAGAUCUGCUGGAAAGGACUUAACUGGUGUACCAUCAGGUAGCUUAUAAGAAACCCCCAGUUGAAUUUCAGCAAGGUCAGACAAAACAUCCAAUUUAGUUAGGUUCAAGGAAGAAAAGCCAUUAAUCUGGCAGCAAAACUUCAGUGCGACAAUAUCCAGCCAACCACAACGACGAGGACGGCCAGUUGUUGUUCCGAAUUCUUGGCCAGCAAACCUAAGGAGAUCGCCUCCUUGACCCAAUAUCUCUGUAGGGAAAGGACCAGAACCAACCCUCGUGGUGUAAGCUUUCACCACGCCGAUAAGAUCACCAAGAACCCUUGGAGCAAUACCAAGACCAGAGCAGAUCCCACCUGCUGAUGGACUAGAGGACGUCACAAACGGGUAAGUUCCAAAGUCAAUAUCCAGCAUGGUAGCUUGACCACCUUCCACCAAAACCUUCUUCUUCUGGCUGAUGAACUCAUUCAUAACACACACAGUAUCAGCAAUGUAAGGCUCCAAUCUCUCAGCAAACCUCUUAUACUUCUCAACCUCUUCCCUGAGCAUUUCUGGACCAUAGUUAAACCCUUGGAAUCUCGAAGCAGCAUCCGACAAUAAAAGAUCAAGCUUCUGAGGGAAAGUAUCCAUGUGCCUCAGGUCACUUACCCUGAUGCCAUUGCGGAUGACCUUGCUCGAGUAGCAAGGUCCAAUCCCUCUUCUGGUCGUCCCAAUGAACGAUUUAGCAAGUUCGGACUCCCUCAGCCCAUCCACCUCUUGAUGGAAAUCGAAUAAGAGGUGAGCUCGAUCAGAGACCAAUAUCCUUCCCUUGCAGGACACCCCAUUUGCCUCCAAACCAUCAAUUUCCUUAAACAGACCAGGCAAAUGCACCACUACCCCAUUCCCAAUAACACAGAGUGUAUCCUCGUUUAGAAUCCCCGAGGGAACCAGGUGAAGGGCGAAUUUCUUCCCCUCAGAGUUAUAGAUUGUAUGCCCAGCAUUAGCUCCACCCUGGCAGCGGGCAACGACGUCGAAAUGCUGAGCCAAGAUGUCGACGAGCUUGCCUUUACCUUCGUCCCCCCACUGGCACCCCAGCACGCCGGCGACUUGACUCAGCGAUCCGAUUCGAGCGGCCGAGUCGCUGGAAGCGGAAUCGGCGACGCUGAGCGAGGGGGAGGACUUGAGUGCGGAGCAGAGGACGGCGCUGCGCCGAGGAGAAGCAGAGGAGAGAGGGAUGCGCUGGUGGCGGCGGCGGCGGAGCGAGUUCCAUGCGGGAGAAGCGAGAGGAUUAAAUUCCACAGCGAAGGAGGAAGAGAUGACGUCCAUGGCGGAUGAAGAAGCAGGCGGCGAUGGUGGUUGUAGGAGAGAAAGCAGUGGGCGGCCGGUUUAGAAGACGACGACGGCGGUGGAGAGGGUUUUGAUUUUUGUUUGGUUCGUUUGGAGUGACGGGUGGGUGAUGGGAGAAU